AUGAUACAUCUACUGGACCAUAUUCCAGAGGAUAUACCAGUUAGAGACACAGAUGACUCAAUGCAUCUGUUGGAAGGGGCUUCAGGUAAGAGUGUGAAGGCUCAGUCACACAUGGGCAGGAUGAGCCAGGAGGACCGGGACUACAGACUCUUUCAUCUUCAGAAAGAGCCCAGGUCGGUGAAGGAACUCUCUCUGAAGCAACGAGAUAAAAGCAAAAGGCGGAGGAGUACCACGCAGCAAUCCACCACUGCCCAACGGGACCUGCUGGCACUUGCUGCACUCAGGGAGCCUGCGAGGCGGCCACGCCCCUCGGCGCCCCCACGCCCCUCGGCGCCCCUACGCCCCUCGGUUCCCAGGAGAAAAGCGCAUCCACAGCGCCUGUGUCCCUCCAGCGCGCCGGGCGGUGCACAGCCUCGAGUCCCCGUGGGUCGAAGGCUGUCCCACACUCCUGGGCCAAAAGACAGGCGCAGUUGUACAGCCCCUCCUACCUUCAAGGGGUAUGUGAGAGAUGAGAACAACAGAAUCGAAAUAACCAGUGAGCCCCGGCAACUUGCUCACAUCAUGACCGCUAAUUCUUCACAAGUGGAAGAGCUACCCAGGUCUCCUAAGAAAAUGCCCCGAGAUGAACAGCUAACGUGGAGGAGCUCACUGGAGUGUGCUCGGACGGCUGCAGAGCUUCGAGCCUCCAUUAAGGAGAACGUGGAGCUGAUUCGACUUAAAAAGCUCUUAUAUGAAAAGAAUGCCUCACUGGCGGCCACAGAAGCCCAGUUAACACAAGUUCAAGAGGCAUAUGAAGACUUGCUCCAGAAGAAUCAAGGAAUACUGAAUGCAACCCAUGAUGCCUUCCUCAGCCAAGUGAAUGAGCUCAAGGCUGAGCUGUCAGAGGAGAGCAAGAAGGCCAUGAGCUUGAAGACCCAACUGGAAGAUGUGUCUAUCUUGCAGAUAACUCUGAAGGAGUUUCAGGUCAGAGUGGAAGAUUUGGAAAAUGAACGGAAAUUGCUGAGGGACAGUUAUGACAGACUCUUGGAGAACAUGCUGGAUAGCAGCCAGCCGCCUCACUGGAGCAGUGAGCUGGCCAGGGAGCCGCUAACACCGCAAGCCUGUUCGCUGGGCGCUGGGCUGGAGGGAACAAAAAUCUUCCUCCAGGCAACCAACGUGAAAGCUCAGGGUGAAGAUCUGAAGCUUGAAAUCACCAACAUCUAUUACCAGGAUGAACAGGAGGAAGAGGCAACAGGCACAAUGCCCCGGUCUCCGUCUCCAGAAGAGCUGUCUGGACUGGCGGCUCUGCCCACUCUGUUCCAGCACAGAGAUGAGAGAGAGUCCAGUGACCCAGACGCUCAGGACCAGAACAGCCUGUCCCAGAUGCUAAGCCAGUUGCAAGUGUCGCAUGCAGAGACCACGCUGGAACUAGAAAAGACCAGAGACAUGCUCCUUCUGCAGCGCAAAAUCAACGUGUGUUAUCAGGACGAGCUGGAGGCGAUGAUGACAAAGGCUGAUAACGAAAGCAGGGACCACCAAGAGAAACUGGAGAUGCUGAAUCACCUCCUAGACCUCAAGAACAGCCGCAUAAAGCAGCUGGAAGGAGCUGGUGGAGAAGACUUGGGGGUGUUAGAGUACUGGAUGAGACUGUGCUUGCCCCUAAAAUCCAGCUUCCAGGCAAGCAAUAAGUGCAAGAAAGCCCAGGCCUACCUGUCAGUCAAUGUGCUUGGAGCUUGGAAGGCCCUGAAGGAUGAUGAGUCCAGAUCCGAGACUUGGACACCUCGGAACAAACUGCGGAUUGAAAUCACCAGGUGCUGCGGCCUCCGGAGUCGAUGGCUGGGAACUCAGCCCAGUCCCUAUGUCAUGUAUCGCUUCUUCACCUUUCCUGACCACGACACCGCCAUCAUCCCAGCCAGCAACAAUCCACACUUUAAAGACCAGGCUCUGUUCCCAGUGCUCGUGACCUCUGAGCUGGACCAGUAUCUGAGGCGGGAGGCCCUGUCUGUGUACGUUUUUGACGAUGAAGACUCGGAGCCCGGCUUCUAUCUCGGUCGAGCUUUCGUGCCCCUGCUGCCUCUUGCACAAAACAAAUCUAUCAAAGGUGAUUUUAAUCUCACGGACUCUUCGGAGAAGUCCAACGGAUCUAUCAAAGUGCAACUAGACUGGGAGUCUGACUACCUGCCCCCAGAGGUCCUGGAACCGGAAGAUGAGACAGAGGAGAAGGAGAUCAAAGACGACUUUGAGGCCUCAAGCACAGAAGAACAGGUCCCUUACAUUCCCCAGGACCAGAUGGCAUCUACAGAGAUUCCCACCGAGGAUGGCCAUUAUCAAGUGAAGGGAAAAUCCUCUCCAACAGCAGAAAGGAGGGAAAAAGAACGUGAGAUUGUAUGCUACUCCAGAAGAAAACACAGCAAAAGAACCAAUGUCCAAGGCAAGAACCGAAUGGAAUAUCUGAGCCGUCACGUCUUGAAUGGAAACACGCUGCAGGUGCAGUACACUGAGUGGAAGUUCUCAGGGCUCAAGACAUCUGAGGAUGACGGUUUUAAAAGUCAUGUCAAGAAAGUGAAAGUGCCGUUAUCCCAUUCAGCACUGAGACAGGAGGAUCCCUCGUAUCCUGUAAAUGCCUCUCCUCUGGCAGACCAAGCAUCCUCUGGACAAGCUUCUGAAGCCAGCGAAACACAAAGCCCCGACAGCGAUGACGUCAUAGUGACACCCCAAUCUCAGAUGUGUCCUAAAGCUGAUUCAGAGAAGAUGUGCAUUGAGAUUGUCUCCCUGGCCUUCUGCCCGGAGGCUGAGGUCAUGUCUGACGAGAAUAUACAGCAGGUGUUUGUGGAGUACAAGUUCUAUGAUCUGCCUCUGUCUGAGACAGAGACUCCGAUGUCCCUGAGGAAACCGAGGGCAGGAGAAGAAAUCCACUUCCACUUUAGCAAGGUGAUAGACCUGGACCCAGUGGAACAACAAGGCAGAAGACAGUUUCUGUUUGCCAUGCUGCAUGCUCAAGAUCCUGAUGCGGGCUGUUUAAAAUUUACAGUGGUAAGUGAUCCUCUGGAUGAAGAAAAGAAAGAGUGUCAAGAUGUCGGCUAUGCGUACCUUGAACUGUGGCAAAUACUUGAAACUGGAAGAGAUGUCCUGGAGCAAGAACUAGAGAUUGUGAGCCCCGGAGACCAGGCCAUCCAAAUUGGAAGGCUGAAGGUUUCCCUUCGAGCAGCUGCUGCCCUCCACAGCAUUUACAAGGAGAUGACUGAAGAUUUGUUUUCAUGAAAGAACUACUCCACUCUAAGAUUUGAGGGAAUCACUGGGAGAGUCUCUUAUAAAGUAACAUGCUAUGCCAUAAA